GAUGGCAGUGGUUUCCUUAUAGCUGACGUAAGCCUAGGGAAGGUUAAGUCGAACUUUCUAAUAUUGGAUGGUUACUGGUGCUGUGUUGAAUCAUUGUACUAAUUGCUGGAAAAACAACCAGCCUCUGAACCCUGUUAUAGAGGUAUACCAACCACUGGGUGUUCAUGAGGAAAAAAGGCAAAUGGGAAAACUAAUGUAAAUCCCCAGGAGUGCUUAUUAUAUCCUGCUGCUGAAGCAUCUAGAGACUUUGCAGAAAAGGUCAAAACACUUCUGCGGUGACGGCAAGAGGGACUUGAAUCUUAUCUGAGAUCGUGACAAUGGGCAUACCUGGAAGGCUCAUCGCCGUCCCAUUCAGCAAACAGUUAGGUGUGAAGGAUCGGAUUCGGAUUCGAGCUGCUUCCAUCCCGAAGCUGGAGGCCUUCUACAAACAGAACAGCCGGCAACCGUCACACGCUGAGGUGGUGAGCUUGGGGAAGCAGUGCGGACUCUCUCAGAGAAAAAUCCAGACGUGGUUCAGACACAGAAGGAACCAGGACCGACCCAGCAAUACCAAAAAGUUCUGCGAGGCCUCUUGGCGGUUUGCCUUCUACCUUGUAGCGUUCACAGCAGGGUUUGGCUCAUUAAUUAAUACUCCAUGGUUGUGGGAUCACAGAGAGUGUUGGAGGGGAUAUCCCAAACAGCCCGUGGCUGAGGCUCAUUACUGGUAUUACAUCCUGGAAAUGGGUUUCUAUUUGUCGCUGCUCAUGUGCGUCUCUGUGGAUGUCAAGCGAAAAGAUUUCAAGGAGCAGGUAAUUCAUCACAUUGCCACCAUUUUCCUCGUUGGUUUCUCCUACUGUGCCAACUAUGUGAGAGUUGGAACUCUGGUGAUGCUGGUGCAUGACUCCUCUGACUUCCUUCUCGAGUCUGCUAAGAUGUUUCACUAUGCCGGCUGGACGAGGACGUGUGACUCGCUGUUUGUCGUCUUUGCUCUCAUCUUCCUUGUAACAAGGCUGGUGGUGUUUCCUGGCAGAGUCAUCCACACAACGCUGGUGGUGUCUCUCGAAUUCUUCCAGCCCUUCUUUGGUUAUUAUUUCUUCAAUGCCCUGCUGCUAAUUCUGCAAGCCCUGCACGUCUUCUGGGCAUAUCUCAUCCUGCGUAUGGUCUACAAGUUUGUGUUCUUGGGCAAGGUUGAGCGUGAUGAACGCAGUGAUGAGGAGAGUGAGGUGGAUGAUGAAGAGGAGGAGGAGGAACCGGAGGAAGAAGGGGACGAAUGCAGCUGGGAGCAAAGGAAGGGUGCAAUUAACUCCAAAUUGGCAUCGCUGGCUAACAACUGUGUCCUGAACAACCUGACCAACCAGAGGAAUAUAAACAGCAGACUGCCCAAAGCCAGAUAGUGGAGGAGCCCCCUUCCUCGUCUACCAAGCCUCACUGGAAAAAUAUGGAGAUGAUCUUAUUUCUGACAUACGAUAACUUCAUGCGGCUUGUGAACAUCCAGCAUGGUCCAUUGAUGAUUUCACAUCAGGGUAGGUCUGCAUCCUGCUGAUCUUCAAAAAAGAGGGCGAAGAAGCACAGAUGAUUGUAAAUCUGCACACCCAGUGUGAGAUUAGGAAGAAACGCCAUCAUUACUGUCACCCAUACCACUGCAUAUUGUAAAAAAAUUCAUUGGCAAGGAGACAUUAAAAAUCUCCUUACAUCUAAUAACAAUUAUAUGUUUUAUUUGUAUUUAUGCUGUUUGUUUUCAUUGUAUUAUAUUAGCUUGUUUGUAUGUACCUAUGGAUAGAAACUGUGCUACAAUUCAUUUAUCCUUUCUUUGGUCACCAAGAGAAACUAAAUGUUUUUAUACAGGAUCAAGCUGUUACCUAAUAUGUGUUAUAAUAUGUUUCAAACAGAGGAAACUAAAGCUAGAAUGAGGUAGUUAUUCACUCCCCCAGCUUUGUAUCCACAUACACAGUAUGGCUGAUUGUACAGAGACUAUGAAAAACAUUGAUUGUAGUAAAUCUGUUGACAAACCACUUUAUAGACUAUUUUUAUGAACCAUUUACUCAACAGGUAAUUUUUACAUUGUUUUAAUCUGUGGCAGAAAUGCAUAAAAGUUCAUUAGGAACUAUGAAAAAAUUAUAUUUUUCUGUGAUAGGAUUUGAUUUAGUCAGUUCAGUUCAGUUCUUAGAAGAGAUGUGGUGCCCCCUGGUGCACAGAGAAGAACGUAGCCUUGUAGUGAAGACUGAUAAAAUUAUGCCUUUAGAGAAAAAAAUGUACUGCUCCUAGAAAUAUGGGCUUGAAUCAGAUGUGUAUGUGUGUGUAUGUGUGUGUGUCUGUGUGUGUCUGUGUGUGUCUGUGUGUGUAUGUGUUUCAUUUUCUACUUUAAACAUUAUGACAGGCAGCAUGAUUUCUCAACGAGGUUUUUGUUAAAGUUUGCUCUACUGUACUUUGUUUUGUGCCUUGGCUGCUGUUUUUAAACCAAUCUGUGACAAGCACUUGAUAUUAAGCUCUGUGUGUUAGUAGGAUUACCUUUACUGGACAAACACAUUGACCAGGCCUUACUGUGACUUGUUUUAACGUUUUGCUUGUAUUGCUGGUCAGACGGGCAGCACCUGGGCAAGCCAUGAAGAGUGUGGGCAUUAGAUAGGCAUCAGUGAAGACGUGAGAUAUGUUAGACAGUGAAGUCUACAAAGGUCAAACGCUUUAAGGCUCAGAUUGAGAAAAGUCUCAGAGAAAUGUGAAGUUUUAAUUGUUUUUUUAUAAAAGCUGAGGGCAUAUUUUGAUAUGACUAGACUGGGGUCUAAUACCGUACUGGGUAGAAAGAGAUCAUUGGAUUUUACAUGUAUUCAUCCAACAUACUGGAACACACACCUGACAUGAGUCAUUAUCUAUAAUGUUGUUUGGCUCCAGGUUUGUAUGUUCUUGAUUGUCAGUACAAUACAACACAGAGAUAUUGUUCAUAAAAUGCAUUAUACUCAUACACAGUGUCAUUCACGAUCAAAAAGUCAGUAAGGGCAACUCUUUCAGAUAUGUAGUUGCUGUCCCCACAAACUGCAUCUAAGACAAGUGUGACAGGAGUAGAAACAGGGCUGUGUCUGACUCUGACGAGGGACUUAAGUAGCACUGAGACCCACAGUACAAAGUGGGAUUGAAAAUGAGUUUGUAGAGCACUUAAAGGGCUGAUCCGCUGAAUUACACACGUAUGACCAUCACUACGAUAUUUUUUUUUUUUUUUUUUA